UUCAAAAAUUGGUUUUUGGUUUCCAUACGGUAAUCAACAAUUUAUAACACUCACACCUAGUUAUUUUCAUGAAAUAUUUAAAUGGCGAGAAAGGUUUCAGUGACAGCAUUGCAGCACACAUUCUACUUCAAACAAUGGAGGUAUUAUAUGCCCGUCUGUCAUUACUCUUUACGCAGGUGUUUGGCACGCGCAUCAAAUGAUAAUAUUUACUUGAGAUUGGCUAACCAGUUUGUCGACUUAGCAAGCCAGUUAUCCACAUGUGCUUGUUUGUUAUUAGAAUGGUUGCCUGACAUUGACCACUCCCUCUCACCCUUACGACGAGGUGACUGAGCACACAGAACAGUCACAUCCUUGUUAAUGUAUCCGGGAGGCAAAGCCCAAGCGAACGUGAUUUACUAAGCUGCUACUUACGACAAACAGGUUAUAUUGCGACCUUGCGAAACUCGUUGCGACUAGUCGUCAGUUUUCCUCUGUCGUUACCAGGCAAUUGUAAGUCAAGAGACAUAAAGCAAACUAACGUAUCUGUAAACGAUUGUUGGGCACUUCCAGAAUCCAAAUUGCACGCUAUGCACAACCAUCCGUCUCUAAGCAAACGUUGUUUCUCCAAAUGGUUUGUUGCAGUGUUGUCUAUCAGUUGUUUCCUGGUUGUUUUAACGAUCCAUCAGAACUCGGAGCAACUCCAAAUAUCAACACCCCAAGAAUUGAGGAAGUUUGCGUUUAUGAGAAACCACAAAUGCGCAAGUACUACGGUUGAAAACACUAUUUUCAGAUUCGCACACAAAAACAACUUGAACCUUGUGUUGCCAAACGGCGGGAACUACCUUUCCACAACUGAGCUUUUCAACCACUCUUCACUCGAUGCCACAAAGUGGAAAAAUGUCGAAUUUGAUAUUUUCUCUUUGCAUAACCGCUGGAAUAAGAAGGAAGUCAUGACUCUGCUACGUGAAGAAGUUCCCGCCUUCACCAUCGUGCGAGAUCCUGUCCAAGUCUUUGAAUCCAUGUUUCACUUUCUAGAUCCAAAGCUUCACAAGUUUUAUGGCGUGAAAGAUAUUCACGAUAUGAUUCGCAUCAUCCAGAGUAGGUCACCGGUAACUCACCAAGCGCUCAGUAGAAGAAUGAAUGGAAUGAUAGGCCGAAACCAAAUGGCCUGGGACAUGGGGCUGUCACCCGAAAUAUUUGACGAUGACAUCGCCAUCACGGAAGAAAUUGAGCGACUGGAUCGCGAGUUCGAUCUGGUCAUGGUUGCCAAUAGGAUGGAAGAAUCGUUGGUCCUCUUGAAACAUCUCCUCAACUGGCCUCUCGAAAAUGUCGUCCACCUCAACCUGAACCGAAGAAAACCGGAGAAGUCGUCCGUUCUGAGUGUUGAAGAGAGGAAGGUGCUGUCUGAUUGGCUGGCCGCUGACGGUCGGAUCUAUGAACAUUUCUCCCGUCGAUUCGAAGAAAGAGUAGCGGAAUUCAAUCGGAAACAUUCGACUAUGCCAGCGUUUCUUGCUGGCCUUUUUGGGUUGGAUAGUGCCAUGGAGAGGGAGAAGCAAUUGCUGGAAGAAGCCAAUAAGAAACUUUACGGCACGUGUGUUGUUCAAGAGUUGGGCAAUGAAAAACUGAGUGGGGUAUUCAAGGAGUACAAUAACAAUAUUAUGGGGUUCGACGUCAACCAAAACCAUGAAUGGUGUGCCUUUUACGCGAUGAGUGAACCCGCUUAUUUAAAAAUAUUCCAAGAUUUACUUCUUUCCAGAGCAAUGAACCAGUAAGAAAAUAAACGAGCUGCUCAAAAAAUUAUCCCCCUCCCCUUUAGACGAGUGGUUUACUAUUCAGCAUUGGUAAAUCUAAAAACAUGUGGCACCC